AUGUUUAAUCGUGGAGAGAGGAUAUCAUCACUUGGAAAUAAUUCCAAUGUAGGUAGCAACAACCACAAUGUGGGGAGUGUUUUAGCGCCACCGAAAAGAGGGAUGCAUUCGUCAAUAAACAAUGGUAGUAAUUCCAAUAUCAUUCCCAAGCAGGAAUUGCUCGAUGAACAAAAGCUCGAAAUUAGAGAAGCAUUUGAGUUGUUUGACAUGAAUGGAGAUGGCUGCUUGGACUAUCACGAGACGAAAGUUGCAUUCAAGGCAUUAGGAUUUGAGUUGACCAAACGCCAGGUAUUGGAUAUAAUUAGGGAAUACGACACAGAUGACACCCACUUAAUAACGUACGAUAACUUCUUCAAAACAGUUGGGGAAAUGAUUUUAAAGAGAGACCCAUUGGAUGAAAUUCGUCGAGCUUUUAAGUUAUUCGAUAUAGAUGGAACAGGAAAGAUAAGUGUGAGAAAUUUGAGAAAAAUAUCCAAAGAUUUGGGGGAAAAUUUGAGUGACGAAGAGUUGCAAGCUAUGAUAGAUGAGUUUGAUUUAGAUGAAGAUGGGGAAAUUAACGAGGAGGAGUUUAUCAGGAUCUGUACUGAAUGA